AGUUAGUGUGUGAAUUGAGGCUCUAAGGGAAAGCUUAGCUUCAACCUUUCAUAUUGCCUUCCCUUGAAUUAAACCCUAACGUUCUUUCUCCGCCGAUAUAAUUAUCCCACCGGAAUAACGAUCUUUCAUCAUCGGGAAACUGAAAUCCUUUCUGAACAAUCGGCCAUGGCGAUUUCUCUAACAAAAUCCUUCGCGAUUCCUCUGUUCCUCGCAAUGUGUUCGACGAUUUUCCGGAUCGGAAGUUCGGCUGUAUUCGAUUAUCCGGCAGUCUUCAACUUCGGCGAUUCGAACUCCGACACCGGCGAUCUCGUCGCCGGCAAAGGAUUUAGCCUGAGUUUGCCUUACGGACAAAAUUACUUCAAAACUCCUUCGACUGGAAGGUUCUGCAAUGGCCGCCUCAUCGUUGAUUUUCUCAUGGAUGCGAUGGAUAUGCCGUACUUGAAUCCGUAUCUAGAUUCGGUUGGCGCGCCAAGUUUUCGGAAGGGGUGCAAUUAUGCAGCGGCAGGGUCCACUAUUCUUCCGGCAGCUGCUACGGCUGUCUCCCCUUUUUCCCUUGGGGUUCAGUUGAAUCAGUUUCUCCAUUUCAAAGCGAGAGUUCUUGAGCUUCGAGCCGUCAAAGGUGGUAAGAAGCUUGAUAAAUACCUACCGGAUGAAGAUUACUUCCAAAAGGGGCUAUACAUGUUCGAUAUUGGUCAAAAUGAUCUUGCUGGUGCAUUUUACUCCAAAACCCUCGACCAAAUUCUUGCCUCGAUACCAACCAUUUUAGCUGAGUUUGAGAAUGGAAUUCAGCAACUGUACAAUGAAGGGGCCAGGAAUUUUUGGAUACACAACACAGGUCCCCUAGGAUGCUUAGCUCAGAACGUUGCUAAAUUUGGAACCGACCCAUCAAAGCUCGAUGAAUUUGGAUGCGUCACGUCGCACAACCAAGCUGCCAAGCUCUUCAAUCUACAGCUUCAUGCUCUCUGUAAGAAACUGCAAGGCCAAUACACCGAUGGAACGGUCACAUACGUCGAUAUCUAUUCGAUAAAGUUGAAUCUCAUCGCCAAUUAUUCACAGCUCGGGUUUGAACAACCUAUCAUGGCUUGCUGUGGCUACGGAGGUCCACCUCUAAACUACGACCGGGAUAUCGGCUGUGGACAGACGAAGACGUUGAAUGGGACGACAGUCACGGGAAAAGGGUGCGACAAUAGCUCGAAGUAUAUCAAUUGGGAUGGAAUUCAUUACUCAGAAGCUGCGAAUCAGUUUGUGUCGUCACAAAUACUCACCGGGAAAUAUUCCGAUCCACCCUUCGACAACAAAUUGGCUUUACCUCUAGAGUUCAAGUUCUAGUGGCCUUGAAUUCAUUACACAACUGAGAUCUGAUAAUGGCUAUGAACAAUGGAUCUUAUGUUUAGACAUGGAAUCA